GUGGCGUGUCCCUCCCUUGCCAGCGCUGAUGGAAGACCAACGACCAGCCAGUCCUCCAUUCAUCUUGCUGAGUGGUGCUGGAGUCGCUGGACUACCAACACUACCUGCCUCUCUUCUUCGACGGGCUGAGCGAGACCAACCACCCCUACGAGUUCUUGGCCCGCUUGGGGGUCCACGAGAUGCUGGAGCACGGAGACGGAAAGAUCCUCCCCGUCAUCCCCCUGCUCAUCAUCCCCAUCAGGAAUGGCCUGAACACGCGGAUCCCCCAGGUGCUUUGCAACAUGAUGAAGGCCCUGCAGCAACUGGUGGUGUCUGAAGAAAGGGUCGGCGAGGCCCUCGUUCCUUACUUCAGGCAGAUCCUCCCCAUUUUCAGGAUUUUCAAGAACAAGAACAGCCCUCUCCCCGGCACCGACCUCUCCUGUAGAGGCCCAUCUGGAGGAGGGCUACUGCUGCGGCAGCCAAAUGCUAACCUGUAA